GAAAAAUCUCGUUCUUCAAACUUUGUCUGGCAGUAGAUGACACCGUUUGUAAAGAAAUGCUUCAUGUUGAUUUCGACUAUCAGACAACUAUUCACGACUCCUGUAAGUACAGAAUGAAAGACGGCUACAACAACUACUUAUAUAUUCGGAUUUUGUAGGCUCCUAACAAGUAGUUCAAUGUGAUGAUUGCGCCUUCCAUGCGUCAUCGUAGACUAAUUUUUCAUCUUGCUUGGUGCUGGUGGUGCAGUUCGCAAACAACAGGCUUAGUCGAAAGAGCGGCUGAUCAACUAGUACUUCCGUGACCACAGGUAGUAUCCCAUUCGCUGUACGAAUUGACUGUGAAGAACCAGAGUACACGGAGGGCUGCAUCAAGUAGGAACGAGAAGCUUUUCAGUUAGGAAGAAAGGGCUAUGGGAAGCUAAUCGCAUCAUCUGAGGUCGGAUGAGACUACGGGGCGACCAGUUGAUGCACUGUGGUCGCCCUUGGUUUUAUGGCGUAGAAGUCAGCAACUAGAACUGCAUUUUCCUUCAAAUAACAGUGGUCCGUCACCACGCAGUCGGACAACCGUCAUGAGGCCGCUCAGGCGCCACUAGUACUACUCGCUUCAGUGCCAAUAAGAUCACAUAAAGUAGAACGAUUGACGGUGGACCAUCUUCUUCUUCAUCAAGCGGCGACAUACCACAUAGUGAUGGCAUUACUCCUAUCCUCAUCGUUACCAAAGGCUGCCACUGCUGCAGCUGAACAACUACUACAGCACAAGCAAAAGCACGGGAAGGUUACAACAUCGUAACAUAAGGCGAGCCAGGUGGACACUUCUUGCGUUGGAGUUCUUCCCCUACGCGUAGAACUAGAAAUCAAACAGGAUGCCAGUGUGGAAUACAGAACCGCUAAUGCGGACAGAUGGCUUUCGCAGGGCUCGAUCAGCACCCACUUCCAGCACAGCACUCGUCCAGAAAUUCAGCAAAACUUACUCAGAUAGGUACUUCUAAGCAACAUAGUUGUUUCAUGAGGAAGAUGAUGAACUUCAUGAUGUAGUAGUAAGUAAUAUGCCUUGCGUCGAGUUAGAGCUGACAGAUAGAACUUGGCGUCGAAAGUCUACACAUUAAUUCUUCUGAUUCUAAAUCUAACUCUUGUUCUCCUUCUCUCCAUCUCCCUCUCCUAGGUUUCGACCAGUAACGUAUGCACCGCCGACUUAUUCAUUGCGAAAACGCGUAGUGUUUGGGUCUAUGCCAGCUCUCUCGGAUGGAGAUAAGUACGAAAUUCGAAGGAAAAGUAUGGUAUUUAGCUUUGCUUGUGGUCAUGAACUAAGUCCCUUCAUCCAACAUAAGACUCAGCUUAAUAAUACUAGUCUCCUUUCUAAGAGAAAGAGCGCUGCAGACCGCACUUUCAGAAAGCACGUGAGGAAUUGGAGCGUUAGGGAGACGGUAAAGUGGAUGCGAGGUGCCUUGGAGAGGCGAGGACGAGCAGACUUAGUACUACGAAUCAUUUUAUUUCAGAAUACGAGUUAGAGAGCUAGACAAAACAUAGUUGAAGUCUAUCAUCAUGUUUUCUUAUUCCGUCAUUUGCAUAUCCAAAAUUUCGUUCCGGAUUAUUUUCUGUUUCGUAUAGAUUUCGUGUCUUACACUUGCGUCUUUCUGUUCCCAUAGAUUUAGGACCAUAUUUUUUAUGGGAUGAGUACUCUCUCGACCCGUCUUGGAACACUGCAAGAUCUAUGGGCCGAUCGAACGCUUUCCUUACUUGAUAUACAUACUUUGAUGAUUAAUGCUUGAUUAUUUGGAUCUAUUAGCUUUCACCUGUACAUUGACGCGUUAUUUACGGCAUAGAGAAAGAACAUCCGCCGGAUCUUGAAAGUAGGAAUUGACUGAUUGCCCAUGCAGGUUCUGAUCAGUUCAAUUGCUCUUUCUGAUCGUUUUUUCUGUGAGUUAUUAUUUUCUCGUGGCGCUUCAGAUAGAACGAAAUGAAUGAAAAAGUUUGCCGGUAGAAUUCUCUAUCUCUAAGCAUUGUCUAUUUGCUCAUGGUGCUUGUGAAGAUCGAAUGAAAUGCAAAUGCAUGGAUGAAAAAAGUUUGCCUUUGGUCAUCUUGAUUUUCGCUCUCCUCUUGAUAAUGUCGAAGUCUCUAAUCAGCGACGAAGUGGACGGUAAGGAAGUCGAAGGCAAAGAGAUAUUAGGGUGGAGCAGGUAGUCAAUGUCAAGUCCUCCAAAAACUACGGAAAUAAUUUUCAGCUACAAUAACUAGUACUUUGAAGUAGUUCGUUGACUUUUGCUUGUUCACUCAAAUUUGCAGCUACAACCUUUGAAUGACAAGUACUGGAACAACUAGCGAACGACAUCGAUCCACAAUCUAUCACAAGCUGCUGCUUAAUAUUUUCAAGAUGUUGUCACCAAAAGCAAAAUCAAACUUUAGGGAAGUAUUUCGGGAUGAUAUUUGCAAGGGUGAUGCUGAUCUUGGCUGCUCACUAUGGGAUGAGUUGCGGUGUUUAAUCGAAGAGUAA